AAUUUAUGACUUUAAAACUCUUGGGAAUCGUAAUUAUGUUUGCAAUAAUACACUUCACUGGGAAUCAAUUUAAACUGAGAGCAAUGAACACAACUCUUAAACACUACAUUUAAUUAAUGCUUUUACUAAAAAAAUACGGACUACUUCAACAGAUGUACCGGCAUACAUCCGAGGUUGUUUUUGAAAAAAUGGCCGAUGAGUUCCGAAUGUUUCCGAUCGUGAUCUGAGGCUACAUACAACCAUGUAUCAUAUGGAUACGCUACUGAAAAACACAUCGCCUGCCAAAGAUCUGGCAUUUAUAUUUAAUGCCAGACAAUCUAUUUUAAACCAUGUAUUACAUUUUAGGUUAUAAAGUGAAACAAGACAAUGAGACAUAAAGUUUUUCGCGUUGUACGCAGUCAGUGGCAAUCACUGGUGAACUUCUAGAAACACCUCGAUAGUUUAUCUUAUGACUGCUGAAUAGAACACAGCUUAGUCUUUAAACAUAUUAUUUAUUUGUUCACGAAUGUUCAGCGCUUUGAUGUUGUUUAUUAUAAAAAACGUACAGAGCCGUAUCCUGUGACUUGGUCUUAUGAAGCUGUGUGUGACGAUCACUAAUCGACUAAGUUGCGGCUAUCGAACCGGUUUGGCUAAGAACGGGUACGAUACAGUACUCUUGAUAAAAUAACGAAUAGGGACGAUUAACAAGAACGUUGUUCAAGACAAUCUCGAAGACGAAUUCGGAUUGGGUGGCCCUGCAGUGCCGGGUGAAUGCGCAGAUUUUGUCUUCGCGCCAAAAAUAGCGGGGAAUGGUCCUUACCCAUGGUCCCUGGGGUGUGGAGGCAUUUGGAGGUGACCAGCAGUUCGUCCCCAAAAGCAUGGAACCAAAGAAAAUGUGCUGUUUGGGUCUUGUGAUUUUGCAACUGUCUACAAUAUAUUAUGUUGAAACUGUACAAAUUAGUCACUCCUCUUCAAAGGUUGGUGUGUCUUCUGUUAUCCAGUGCACAAGUGACAAUGGUAAUGGCAUGGAUUGGAUUGUAAAUGGCAGUACUGUUGGAAUAUGCUCUCGAACUAUAGCUAACUCCUGUUUGCCUGCUUGUGCUGAGUGCUCAUCAGUCAUUGGUAGUCCAGCAAAUACCUUUUCAUACACUAUUAAUACUGUUGGCUACGCUAACUGUAUAAAAUAUGGAUGCCAAGAAGGAAACACUGGAUUGCUUUCUGAAUUUACACUUGAAGUUACAGACUUUAGUGUUGAUAAUUCAACUGCUGUUUUGAACCCACAAGAACCUACUGCAAACACAGAUGGGAAUGUCAGUAUAACUACACCAUGCAUAUUUCCUACAAGUUCUGACUCUAUUACUAUCAACUGGUACAAGAUUUUUGUGAAUAAGGCAAACCAGGCGGAGUUGUUGGACGCUAGUAACGCAGACAUCCAGUCUUACAGUGAAACAGAUACUACUGGAUGCAGCAUUUGCGGUACUAAGUCGGCUGGUAAAAUGAUUGUUGGGGUGACAUACAAAGCCCCUUCUUCAAAUGGAGAUGAAAUCAAACUGCAAGUGGAGAUAAUUCAUGCAGAUUUUACAGAUCAUCUUUACUACACCUUUGACCAGUCAUAUUACCUUCCUGGUACACCUACCACCACAACAACCACCACAACCACAACAACCAUACCUUCGACCACAACUACUGAAAUCUCUACCACGAGUACUACGCCUUCCACAACAACUACCACUCCUACCAGUACAAGUACUGAAUCCACCACUAAAACGACUCGUAUGCCUUCCACAGCAACUAAUGCACCUACAAGUACAACUACUGAAACUAUCACACCAAGUGUUACAAAUAACCCCUCAAAUGAAAGAACAGUCAUAAUUGUGGUGGCCUCAACAGUUGGUGGUGUUGUGUUGGUAGGUCUGGUGGUCUUCUUAGGUCUGUUUCUGUACAGAGCUAAGAGACAUGGACAUGGAAAAGGCAAGCAUGGACACAAGAGAACCACAAGACAGCAACGCUCUGGUGGUGCAUAUAUCUAUAGUGGACAAAACAAUAGCCAAAAUAUGGAAAAGCACCCCAGAACGGCCUUUUAUAUGGAUACCAGGCAUGGUUAUCAGCACUCUACAAAGAGAUAUCCAGAUAGGCGCCUACAGGUCGCCAAUCAAAAACAAGAAAUCCGAAGACUUGAAGGAGCUCAGAUGAGAAACACAAACAAGGUUAAAACAAACAACAGUGUUUAUCCUGAGAAUAUGGUUUAUUCUGGAAACAUGCAAAGCUUCUACCCCAACCAUUACCGAAGAAAUGAGGAAUGGCGAAGGCCUGCAACAACUGGCAACAUACACCAAGGCCAUGUUAACCAUGCCCUUGAAUCUGGUUACACUUAUUACCAACCUCGAGAAUAUUCAGAUAACUGGACUAUGUAUUGAUGAUAUUGAUAAUGACGGAGUUUGAGUUGACACUGACAAAGUCGAACUGUUUAUAAUUUAUGCAGACAUUAGCCAUGAUGGUAUAAAAAAGCAACAGAUUUGAAAAUCUUUUUGAAGCCAUGUUCAAUAAUGUUCUAUUUAUAUCUGAUUAAGUUGGGAAUAAUGUACAUAAAAUUAUAGUCUUCAUGUUCUGUUUGGAUCAUUUUAGAGAUUUAGAUUUUUUUCGACGCUUUUUCUAAACUUGCUGUGCUCAAUUUUUUUUGUUCCUUGGAUUUUUAUUAAGAAAAUCAGGAGUGAAUGACACAUCACUGUAGGCUUUUUGCAUAUAUCAUUUGUAUAUUUUUCUUGGAUGGAUAUUAGACACCUGCCAAUGCUUCCGACUCCUUUAUGUUUGGAUCAUAUCUCAUGGAAGGUGUGGCAGUUAGAUGAGGGAUGUAUUGUUUUUCUUACAAAAACUACAAAUAGUUGGUAUAUUCUUUGAAAUAUUAAGUUGACACUGAGUUUUAUGUGCAGUGAUAUUUUUGUCUGGUAUGGUUUAGAUAAUUUACACUGACUGCAAAAUGUUUGGUGAAAAUGGAUGUAAAGUACUAUUAUCAUAAUGAUUUUAUAACAGGAAACUUGUGGGAGCUCCAGUUAUAAAUGCCAUGUACUUGACAAUCAGGCAUGUAGCUGCCUAUACUACGCAGCUAAAUCCACAUGAUUCUGACAAAAAUAUAUAGAAAAUCAUCCAAAGUUGCAGUAUGUGUACUGACUCCUUGAUCCUAAUACUGUCAUUUCUCCAGUACUAAAAUAAGCUCCUCAGGAGGCCCAGAAUGCACCAGAUUGCACCAUGGUUUUCAAUAAUCUACACUUCGGCCACAUCAAUAUUGUUUUGUUGGACACAUUUACCCGACCUAUAUUUCAAAGAUUUCAUUUUCUUUCAGAAGCCAUUGACUUGUUUCACUCUAAAAUCAACAAAUGACAAAAUAGGUCUUCUUGCAAAGCCGUGUUGCAUCUAACUGGAGGGCAUUUAAUUAAAUUCUACUAAGUUAUGAUUAUUCAGCAUUAUAAUCAUUCUAAUAAUGAUUUAUGAAGGAUUUUGUUUUCCUUUUUUAAAUGAAAUGGAAAUAUUGUUUGAUAAGUUUUAUUUAGCCAGCUACCUCCAUUUUUUUAGGGCAAAAUUCAUAUAGCAAAAACAUUAAUUGUUGUAGCCUUAUGGUCAUGAAAUUUUGAAUAUUAUGUUGUUCCUGAUUCUCUUUUACUAUUUAAAAAAAUAAAAUAGGUGGUGCCCUAUAGUAGUCUGUCCAAUUUUCUUAUGUUUUUAGCCACAUUUUUUUUUCAAUUAUUAGCCACAUUUUUUUAUGACUUUAAAACCAUUGGGGAAUGUUUUUAUAGACUUCAACUUAAAUACAUUUGAUCACAGUAACUAUACAAUCUUUUUGUGUCAGGUUAUUAAACUCAGACUGUUCAACCUUUUUAGAUUAUUCAUCAGAACAAGGAAUUUAUGUAAAUAGAAACAUCAGUAUAUGAUAAGCAAUGUGAAUGAUUAUGUGUGUGUAGUACUUUAUAAGUGCCAUAACUCUGUGACCCAUUUAUACCAUAUUGUUUCCCUUCAUUAGAAAAAAGCACAUUAUAUUGAAGAAAUAGUUGAUGUUAAUUGAAUUCUUUAGAAAUGUUCACAUAUUUUUGACUUGUAUACAUUUCAAGAACCAUAACUCUGUGGCCAGAUUGUCCUCCAUGACAUUUUUUUUCAAAUUGAAUGUAAACUGAUAAAUUGGUUAAUAGUAAUAUGGACUUGGGCACAUUUUCAAAAACCAUACUUGUGUGUGGCAAACUUGAUUCACAGUGCAAGAGGACUCUAAUUUUUUAAACCAUACAUAAACAUGCAUGUAAACAUUCAUUUUUGUUGAUGAUCAUCUCCAACCUAUAUUUUUUUUUGGUAACUUUGAUCUUUGUUUAGAAUAAAAUACAAGUUAAGAUAUCUCGGAAAAAAUGUUUAUGAUCUAUGAACAUCAUUUUUACAACCUGGCCCAUAUUUGCAAAAUUGCCCCAUUGAACUUUUAACAUGCCUUGAAAAUGUUCCCCCUCUCAAAUAUGCUAUUAUUCAAGGCCUUUAAUUAACACAUUCUAUAUUGGUUUUAGAAGUUUUUUCGGGGUGUUAAAUUUUUUCUCAUGGAAACAUCUACUGUUUCAAGGACUUAUGUUAUGUACUGUAACAAUUAUUUAAGCAUGCAAUAAAAAUAAUAUGAGGGUACUAUUGAUAUAAAUGUAUAUGUUUUGUCAUAGUUUUGAUUAGUUUUGACUCUUCUAUACAGACAACUAAUUUGUAGUCUUUUUUUUUCUUGUCCUUUUUUUAUAAUCACAUAAUUUGGUUGGAAAUAAGGUAUCAUUAAAACAGGUUGGCAGCUAUUCAAUCAAAUGACUUAUGCAGUUUUAAUCAUUUUUUUUCAAACUUAAAAGAGUAUUGUUAAUAUAUAAGUUUAUAUGUCAGCUGUAUUUGGUGAGUUAUAUAACCAACCAAACAAGAGUUUUGACCUUUGAUAUUAACCAAAUUGAAUUUGUCCAAUGAUUAAAUUAUGAAUAAGCAACAUUUAGCUUUUAAAGUAAGUGUUCAUCAAACUUGAAAACAAUUUUCAUGGGCAAAAUCACAACAUACUAUUUAAAUUAGGUUUGAUAACCUAUAUGCACUUUAGUGCAACUUUUGUUUGUCCAUAGAAGAAACUUAGGAGCCAGUAUUUUGUUGCUGGCCUUCAUAUAUAAGGUUGUUUUAGAUACAAUUGUGCCAUAUUAUUGUUAUAGUAUAUACAGUAGUAUAGUUGUAAAAAUCUAAUUCAAUGUAGUGCUUUUAAUUAACCAAAUAUUUUAAUCUACAUAAAUGUUCAUGUUUAAAACCAUAAUUGAAUAUACGAAUAGUAAGUUCUCCUUUUUUGGUAUUGGCCAUAAUUAUGUAAUAAAUGUGUAUAAUUAUAAUAUAAAAUAUUGUAAGUGUUAUAUAUUAUUUGUGUAUAUUUAGCAUGUCUGUCAAUGUUAAGAUUUUUGUUGAGGUUACUAACUUACCAAACAUUUGUAUAAGACUUUCCUCCUUAUGUUGUGGCAAAUUUAUAAUUUGGCCAUUUAAAAAGAUUAUUGUAAUUUGUCUGAUUCUUGGACUUGAACAUAAUGCUUUACUAAGGCCAGAAAAGAAUAGAUUUAUUUUUCAAAUGCAAGUGUUUGCAAUUCUAUUUUCGAGGAUAGUGAUAGAAAUGUAUGUUGAAAACAAUAAUUGCUGUAGUAUUUAAAUAUCUUACUGUGAAUGAAUGCCUUAGGGCUGAAUUCAGAACAAUCACUCUCACUCACACUAAAUGAGUUAAUCCUCGGCAAUCACAUAACGGUUGAGAUAUUUUCGAUUGAAAGGUAUAUCCGUAUUCACAGUUGGAGUGAGACUCAAGUGUUUUGUGUGAGUGGGACAUUAGUGAGUGCUCGGCUAGGCCACUUGAACCAACCUUGAGGAUUGGUUGUGAAUACGAAUUGAACGAGUGUGAGUGAUAAAUGUACAUGACAAGUGAAUAUAUCAGAUAUGUGGAACAAUUAAGUGACAUCCUCAGUCCUAGACAAUAUUAAAGACCGGGAUAAUCUAUUGGAGUGCAUGUACUUCAAUAACGUGGUCUUUCAAAUUUUCACAAGAAUGCGCCAAUCACAUAUGUAUUUUCUUUCAUGCUGAUCUUGAACACCCAGUAAACGUGAUGGUUGCAAUUCAUCGAUGGCUGCAAGAAUAGGCAGCUUAAUGUACUUGAAGUUAGCGGCCUAGUGAAGUGAAGUUAGCAGCAUAGCGGCCUUGCGGUGUGAAUUUAGCGACCUAGCGGUCUUGUGGCCUAACGGCUGUGGGAGUUGGCGUCCUAGCAGCCUAAGUUUGUUCACUAUUUCAAAGUUAUUGUUCAUGCUUUUGAUUGGAAAACAAUUAUAAAUCAAAUGAAUGUUUCUUAUUCAUACAUUAACAUAGCGGCCUUAAAUUAACAUAGCGGCCUUAAAUUGUUUUCUACUUUUCAAAGCAUUUUUUCAGGAUAUUUCUUCUAAAGCAAUGCUCAAAUAAUUGUUUGUAUGCAAUAUUUAUCUUGGAGCGAUUAACUUUUUUUUUUCGAUCAAGCAGUCCAGCGGCUUAGCAACGUUAAGUUAGCGGCCUGGCGGCCUAAAAUUCCCAAAAUAAAAAUCCAGCAGCCUGGGGGAGGGAUGCUGAUAUUCGCUAAAGGAUGUUGAAUUGAAAAUUAAAACAUUUAUCAUUGUUGUAGAAAAGUAUGCACAUAAAAUGCUUUGAAAUAGGAAACAAGAUCAUGCCGCUUGACAGCUAGGCCGUGAGGCCGCUAACUUCACCCCGCUAGGCCGUUAACUUCAUGUACAUGGGUAUGCGCAACAUCUUCAUCUCAGAGCGUGAUCAGAGAAUUGAUAUGUAUUUUCCAGCAUACAGUCAGUUGGAUUAUAAUCAUCAUCAUCAUCAUUAUCAUUAUUAUUAUUAUUAUUAUUAUUAUUAUUAUUAUCGUCAUCAUCAUCAAUUGUCCCUUCAUUUCUCGAGUUAGUUUUCACUUCGAGGUGUAAUUUCCCCGAUUAGAAGUACAUUCAUUCGCUAAUUAUAUCCAAGUGCUAUUUUUUUUAAUUUAUUUUUCAACUUUUAAAACGUUAAGACCGCUUUAUGCAGACUACAAAAGCAAGAUUAUAUACGAAUACAUAUUCAAAUCACGUGAUUCAAUGGAAAACGGUUAAAUAUUAUUAUUUUUUAAAAGCAAAAACCCAUGCAAUUUAUCGCAUUUUGCAACAGUUGUUUACAAUCCAAAAUAUUUAUUUUUUAUUGACCAAUGGUUUGAAAAUGUUAAAUUCAGUUUCAGAAUAAUAAUUAUUGUCAUUUGUUUGUCGCCAUAUCUAACAAUAAGGUACUCAAAUAUCAAAUAAGCAUCUGUUUAUAAUGCAUAACACCACCAUAGUCAAACAGAUAAUCCGAUAUGAUCAUGAAAACAUAUUUGUAUUUGUACUAUAUUGUAUCUUGAUGAAGUGUUAGCGAGGCGUGUGAAUACGAACAGAUCACUUGAGUGUCACUCCCCCUAUUUCACUCAAGUGAUCACUUGAGAGUCACUUACGGGAAUGUGGUUGGAGUGUAAGUGAGAGUGGAUGUUCUGAAUUCGGCCCUUAGACCUGCUCUCCACUAUGACCCCCAUACUUUUCCAGAAAGCAGAAUUUGCCAAAUAAGGAUGUUUCGCCAUGUCUUUGCAAUGUUCUUAAACCUUACCUUGUCAUUCUUUAACACUUUGUGAUACUGGGCACUUCUGGCCAUAUCAUGAUUGAAAAUACUGUUUUAUUUCGGACGGCUACGGGAUCUUGUACGAACCAUGGCUUGUAACUGGGCAUCUUAGGAAAGCCUUCUUUAAGGCUCCUUAAUCUCUUUGCAUGUUAUUCUAACUUAUUUUUCAUUGAAGUCAAAGAAUGGUAUCCUAACAAUGUCAUUAAGUCCUUUAUGGCUAUCUUCGGCACAUACUGUUACUAAUGUUUACAAUGUCUUUUUGUGAUGAUUGGAUUGGUUCACAAUUACUUCUGUACCGCGGAGUGUCAAUGAAAGCUGAUGGCAUAAUCAUGAAAAUCAAAAUUAUGGACUUAUUCAUUUUAUUAACAAUGUAAAGUUCUGAUAAUAAACACAUUCAAACAUAUUUUACACAAGUUAUGUAUUGAAAUCAAACUGAAAGACUCAUGUACAUGUUGAAACACUGAAACAUUAAUUAAAGUUUAACAUACCAUGGCUCUCGACCUUACUAUUAACUGUCUUCUCCAACAUUCUGUCUUAACAUGGGACCAAUCCAGUAUUGCUGAUGAAGUUGAGCACAAUGUGUUCACGCUGGCGUCUGUUUGAAUGCCAAACCUGUUCUCCACCACUCUUCUGGCACUGGGGAGUUGUUGAGUGGUUGAAGAUAUUCUGGCUUUCAUGUUCAAGUUGUGUCACUUGUAUGGCUUUUAAAGUUGGUCCUCAUAGAAAAGGUGUCAUCCCCUACAAUAAAGUGGCACAUUUAACUGUAUCAUUGGUGAUUGGUGAAAGGUAAUAGGAAACUAUUAGAAUUGUCCUCAAUAAAGGAUCAUUAAAGAUCUUGCAGUUUUUACUGAAUAAACUUGAAACUUGGCAGUUUGACAUGAAGGAGAUGCCCUUUGGUCAUACCAGAUAAACUUAAUAGUUUCCAUUGACUAUAACGCCAUGACGCAGAUGACCUUUUGUCAUACCAGAUAAACUAAAUAGUUUCCAUUGACUUUUAAUAACGCCAUGACCCAGAUCGCGGGCUUAGCGCAAAAUGGUUGAAACUGACAUUUUGAAAAUUGUUCAGGAGAGCAUAAAAACUGAUUUAUUUUCCUAGUUUCUAUCAUUUUCACUUUGUUUUUAUGCCCCCGAAGGUGGGCAUAUUAAAAUCGCACCGUCCGUCCCUCCGUCCGUCCGUGUGUCCGGCUCAAUAACUCCUGUCCGUGCUGUAACUUUCCCUUGUAAUGACAGAUUUUAAAAUGACUUGCCACAUGUGUUCCACAUACCAAGACGACGUGUCGCGUGCAAGACCCGUGUCCCUACCUCUAAGGUCAAGGUCACACUUAGUGUUUAUUCACAAUGGAGUGUUGCAUAUAAGGACAUAGAGUAUAGGUUGUCAUGUCCGGGCUGUAACUUUCCCUUGUAAUGACAGAUUUUAAAAUUACUUGCCACAUGUGUUCCACAUACCAAGACCAUGUGUCGCGUGCAAGACCCGUGUCCCUACCUCUAAGGUCAAGGUCACACUUAGGUGUUUAUUCACAAUGGAGUGCUGCAUAUAAAGACAUAGAGGAUAGGUUGUCGUGUCUGGGCUGUAACUUUCCCUUGUAUGGACAGAUUUUAAAAUAACUUGCCACAUGUGUUCCACAUACCAAGACGACGUGUCGCGUGCAAGACCCGUGUCCCUACCUCUUAGGUCAAGGUCACACUUAGGUGUUUAUUCACAACGGAGUGCUGCAUAUAAGGACAUAGAGUAUAAGUAGUCGUGUCCGGGCUGUAACUUUCCCCUGUAACGACAGAUUUUAAAAUAACUUGCCACAUGUGUUCCACAUACCAAGACGACAUGUCGCAUGCAAGACCCGUGUCCCUACCUCUAAGGUCAAGGUCACACUUAGGUGUUUAUUCACAAUGGAAUGCUGCAUAUAUAAGGACAUAGAGUAUAGGUUGUCGUGUCCGGGCUGUAACUUUCUCUUGUAUGGACAGAUUUAAAAAUGACUUGCCACUUGUGUCAGACAUACCAAGACGACGUGUCGCGUGCAAGACCCAUGUCCCUACCUCUAAGUUCAAGGUCACACUAAGUGUUUAUUCACAAUGGAAUGCUGCUUAUAAGGACAUAACAGUGUAGGUUGUCAUUAGUAUGGGUGGUAUUUUUUAUGUUUAGAGGCAAUUUAAAAUAACUUGAUAUUUAAUUUAACAAGUAAAGGCAAAAUCAACUUUUCAUGUACUGACCUUGUUCAUAGGUCAAUGUCACAUUCGGGGGCAUUUGUCACAUACUGUGACAGCUCUUGUUUUAUUAUAGUUUUAAUUUUGUUUACUUUUCAUGAAUAAAUCACAAUAACACUUUGCAUUCAAUUUCUAAAAGAGAUAUUUGUAAAACAGUCGGUUACAACCAUUUUGCACAAAAAAUUGAGGAAUUUUCUAAAUUUAUUUUCGCGCAACAGGGUUGUAACAGUCAGUUACAACUGUUUUGCCUGAAAAAUUGAAGAUAUUUCUAAAUAUGUUUUGCGCACGCAAAAGGGUUGUAACUGAAUCUUUUUUAUUAAACUUUCUUUGAUAGCUUUAAGAUAUUUGACUUUAAUGCACCAUUUAUUUUACUUGCAAUGUAAAUUAUACUGAAAUACAUCAACUGAGGAUAAUAGCUAUGAUAUUUUCCACUUUUUUUUGAAAAUUUAGUUUUGUAUAGAACAUCUUAUAUUCUAUGAAUAUUUUUGUUAAUAUACUUAGCACAAACAGGGGUUUGGGUAACAUUUUAGUUUAAUAUCAUUUAUUGUAUAUGAAAAACAAUUAAAUUAUUAUAUAUGAAAGACAAUUAAAUAAUUAAUCUAUUUAAACAACAACAAUAUAUACUGCAGUUAUCUUCAACAGCAUAUUUUAAGUUAAAAAUCAGCUUAAUUCAAACUGUUAAUGAUGAAUAACAGCAUUUUGUUAAUACAAUUGUGAAGAGAAUAGCAAUUUCAUUAACUAAUUAAGAUAUGCAUGUAUAUUUCUUAGUUCUAGUUUUUAAGUUAAAAUGAUAUCAAGAAACAUUUUUACAAGUCAUCAUAGCAUACUAAUGACAUAUCAGUUCUUAUAAUGACCAUCAACGUGUACAAAAUAUACAAGAACUUGAAAUUUAAAAUAAUCAUUUAGCAAAAUCAUAGAUAAUAAAUGAAAGCUAUUUUAAAAUUGACAAUGACCAAAUCCAGUACCAAAACAUCAUAUCCCGAUGAAAUCAUUUAAGGGGUAAGAUAUUUCCAAAGCUCAUAAAUAUCAGACUUCCAUCUUCCAGUACUGCUUUAUACUCAGCACAAAUUCCAUCUCCUUCCCCCAGGAUGAAUAUCAGAAACUUUCCAUCUACACUUAACAAAUCCUUAACCCUAGCAUGAUUUCCAUAUACUUAGCUCAUGAAUAUCAGAAUACUUUCCAUCAUUAACACCAGCAUGAUUUCCAUCUAUUUGCCUCAUGAUAAUCAGAAUGACUUCAAUCUUCUUUAAGCAAAUCUAUUAACCCCAGCAUGAUUUCCAUCUAAAUGGCUCAUGAAUAUCAGAAUUACUUCCAUCUACUCGAAAGAAAUUAUUAACCCCAGGAUGAUUUCCAUCUGCUUGACUUAUGAAUAUCAGAAUACUUUCCAUCUACUUUUAAACCAAUCAUCAACCCCAGCACAAUUUCCAUGUUAGCUCAUGAAUAUCAAAAUUACUUCCAUCUGGUACUCUAAACAAAUCAUUAACCCUGCACAAUUUCCAUCAUCUUGGCUCAUGAUAUUCAGAAAGCCUUUCAUCUCCUCUAAUUAAGUCAUUAACCCCAGUAUGAUUUACAUCUACUCUAAACAAAUCAUUAACCCCAGCAUGAUUUACAUCUACUCUAAACAAAUUAUUAACCUUAGCAUGAUUUCAUCUACUUGGCUCAUGAAUAUCAGAAUAACUUCCAACAGUUUCUACUCUUAAACAAAUCAUUAACCCCUGCACAAUUUCAUUCUACCUGGCUCAUGAAUAUCAAAAUGUCUUCUAUCUUCUCGAAACAAAUCAUUAACCCCAGCAUAAUUUCCAUCUACUUGGCUCAUGAAUAUCAGAAUGUCUUCAAUCUUCUCAAAUAAUUAACCCCAGCAUGAUUUCCAUCUACUUGGCUUAUGAAUAUAUCAGAAUACUUUCUAUCUACUCGUAAACAAAUCAUUAACCCCAGCAUGUUUUCCAUCUAAUUGGCUCAUGAAUUUCAGAAUAACUUCCAUCCACUCGAAAAAAAAAUCAUAAACCCCAGCAUGAUUUCCAUUAACUUAGUUUAUGAAUAUUAGAAUGAUUUCCAUCUUAUCUGAUUUCUAUCUAUUUUUUAUCCAGUAGUUGUAGUAGUGACCAGUAGUAACCAUCAUGACAACCAUUACAAUGAUGACACCAACUACCUACCUACUAUUUUACAACUAUUCAUACUGCCUACCAAGUCAGUUAGAAACACCAGCAUGGCUUAUUUUACUGACAUAGCUUAUGAAUACCGAAAUGACUUAAAUUGAGUUACUACUUCGCCAGUCAUAAACACACCAGCAUGACUUCAAACUGUAUAGCUCAUGAAUAUCAGAAUUACUUUACAUAGUUACUUCUCGAAAUUUAUGAACACCAGCAUGAACUCGACUACAGAGUUCAUGAAUAUCCAAAUGAUCAAUAGAUCUACUUCUUCCUAGUCAAAAUCAUCAGCAUGACUUCAAACACCAGAGUUCUUGAAUAUCAAAAUGACUUCACUAGAUCUUCGCUAGUCAUAAACACCACAAUGGCUUGAAACUAUAUAGCACAUGAACAUCAGAAUGGCUUGAAACUAUAUAGCUCAUGAACAUCAGAAUGGCUUGAAACUAUAUAGCUCAUGAACAUCAGAAUGGCUUGAAACUAUAUAGCUCAUGAACAUCAGAAUGGCUUGAAACUAUAUAGCUCAUGAACAUCAGAAUGGCUUGAAACUAUAUAGCUCAUGAACAUCAGAAUUUCAUCCAUAAGAUUUACCGUAGUUCACAUCAGCACGAAUUCAAACUUCAGAACUGAAUGUCGAAAUGACUUCAAUAGAUCUACUUUUUUGCUAUUGAAGAUCAUUCAAUCAAGCGAAAGCUCAUGCAUAUCACAUGAACAAAAAGAAAGAAGGAAUUUAUUUUUGACUCGGAGAGUGUCAUGAAAUGCAAAAAAUCGGUUGCAGAAUAGCUUCAAUUGGAUAAAGUUUCCCGCUGGAAAUAAGCGUGUUAUAGGAUACGAAAUAUUCAGUUAAAGUAUAUAACAUUCUUCUAGAAUUGGAAGGGGAAUUAAUUUGUGUUUUCACCAAUAAUGAUGUACCUUAAAAAUUAGACCAAUUGCCUUUGUUUUUCAUUAGUUUAUAAAAGUUAUGAUUUUGUGUACAAAACAUGUCAAUAUUGCCAAAAUAUGAAAUUUUAGCAUGCAAACUUAUUUUACCAUAAAAAGCCCACGAAAUAUAAAUAAAUAAUUAAUAUUUACAAAUAAAAACUACUAAGAGAAACAAUAUUCUUGUAAAACACACACAUUCUUUUCCUGUUUUAAAAUCAUGUCCGAAUUUUACACAGAAAACUAAAUUCUAAAAAGGGAUAUUUAAUUUUAAACUUAAAUUUACUUUCCUAAUCAUAUUUUUUCUUAAGCAAGAGCCUAAAGAUACUAUCAAAUUUUUCAAUUAUUUUUCCUAAAUAUAUGACUUUUUAAUCUUAUCGGACAAUAUAUCAUACACAUUAUUAAUACAAAUGAAUACAUAGGACUAAAGGAAUAAAACAUGAGAUAUUGUUCGUAAUGGUGAUGUUUAAACAUGCAUUUUUUCAUUGAAUUGGGAGUUUAUUUUAAAAACAAAUCAUUUUUCAUCAAUAUGACUGUCUCUCCUCAAAAACAAUGUUAAAUAAUCAUGAUGUCAUCAAUGUCAUCAUGAUAUUGGAGUUACAUCCCAUCCCAAUGGUUUAUUGAUUCAAAGUUUUCUGUGCAAAACAGUUGUAAGUGCUGAGUUACAACUGUUUUGCACAAAAAUAAAUUGCCAUUUUCAGAUACAACCUUUUGACAAAUAUGGCUUUAUAUACAUUUAUCCUUAGAUUACAGAGCUAAUUUUUUAGGAUAUUAUGGAGGCUUGUAAAAAAGGUUAAAAAAUAUGAAAAUAUCACUUUUGGAAAAAAAGUCAGUAACAACCGUUUUGCGCUAAGCCCACGAGAUGCCCUUUGGUCAUACCAGAUAAACUUAAUAGUUUCCAUUGACUAUAACGCCAUGACGCAGAUGCCCUUUGGUCAUACCAGAUAAACUUAUUAGUUUCCACUGACUAUAACGCCAUGAAGCAGAUGACCUUCAUACCAGAUAAACUUCAUAGUUUCCAUUUACUAACGCCAGAAGGACUAAGCUUUCUGAAUCAAGUGGCUUCUGAAUUGCCAUGUGUUUGCCAUGUAGGGCAUGAAGAGUAUGGGGGAUGUUCCACCUCUCGAAUUUGGCCAUUAUUUUGUACCUGAGGCACAUGGAGCAUGGGAAUGGCCAGAACCUCAUCCUUAUACUCCUGAAGCAGAUCAAUACACACUUCUGGGACCCCAUGGCAUAAACUUUCCGCAGCAACACAAAUGUCAUACACUUAAGUUUUCCCGAAUGGUAAAAAUUCUGACUGUCCACUAGACAGGUGACGUUGGAAGUUUAAGCCUCUUUGAACAAAUAUUUUACUGUCCCAACAAACAUACCAUUAAAUAGUAUACAAAAAGUGUUAAAAUGAAUACCGUAAAUGACUGGGUAUAAGACGAUAGGGGGUAUUAGACGCAGGGAAAAAAAUCUGUGAAAAAUCCGAGAAAAAAACUUUUAAUCUAUGUGUUUGGUUAAAAGACGCAUAGAAAAAAUGUCAAAUCGUCUGGCAUUUUCAGCCACCAUGUUUGUUGACAGUGACAAAAAAAUUUUUUUUCGUGAAAAUGGCGAUGGUUAUCUUUAAAACCAUACAACCAUACUGUCGAGAAUGAAAAGUUAUGUUAUGCAAAAAAUAUUUUGACAGUGCCCAUCUUUGCUUUUUUAUAUGUAAGUUUGAAUAUUGUUUAAUUCAAUUUAUUAUUCAAAAUAAUAUUGAAUACCGUAAUUCACAAGAGUUCGGACACCAUAAAUUAAUUAUUUUUUUCGCUCUCCGAAUACAUAGCAAAUUAUCAUUUUUACAUUUUAUUUCCAUGUUUGUUUAACCUGCCUUUUUUCUUCAUGUUUGCUUUUUACCACUUAUUAAUUUAUCCGUAGUAAUCAAUGGUCAUAAACUUAUUUAUUACGCCUAUAAGUGUAAAUCCUUCAUGAAGUUAAUUAAAACACCAUUUUAUACAUGCACUGAACUGAAUAAACACAUUCUAUCGGCUUCAGAUCAAAGAGUCACACUGUGUGACGUCACAUAACUUACAGUUAUACCCACGAGGAUCUCGUGGAGAGCAUGGACAUUGCUAUGCAGGAUUAAUGUAUAACUGUAUGAUUAUUGCUUCAUAGAGUCUAUAAGUGUGGUACAAGUUUGAAAGCUUAUUGGCAGAUCGUUUUACAAACAUGCCUUGUCGAUGUUUUCUUAAUCCCUUGAUUGCCCUUGUUGUUUGUUUAAUCCUCAAAUUAAUAUAUCACACUUCCUUUUCAACAGGCAAUAAAUCGUUUAGGAUGGGUAGUAACUAAUUAAAUUGUCACAGUGGUGUAUACGGUUAGGUAAUCUAGCCAGGCAUUGUAAAGAUAAAAAUCAAUAAUCUUCGUCUGUGAAACUUGGUAACUAUGAAAGUUAUGAUUGAUGUCCUUUGGGUGUCCGAAAAUUAGGUACGCAAAAUAAAUUAUUUUGGGAAAUAAUUAUGGGUGUCCAAAUAUUUAGAGUGUCCGAACUCUUAGGUGAAUUACGGUAACUUUAAUCGAAAAAUAUUUUUGUUGAAAUUAUAAACGUCUUACGAUAUACCGUAUCCCGAUCUUCAACUGCCGUUUUAACCCGUAUAUACUCGAUCAAUAUGACGCGAGUAACAUCCCUUUCUACAUAAAUCUAAACAAACUCCAUUCGGAACACCUCGGCCAUUUUUUUUCAAAAACAACCUCGGAUGUAUUUGGACGGUUUACAUACUCAAAAAGUGGUACGUUUAAGUCCGCUGCAAGUAGAUCGCGUAGUAAUUUUAUUUAGCAGUUAAACUUUGUGACUUAACUCUUGGAAUUCUUAAUUAUGUUUGCAGUAAUUCAAUUCAAUGGCAAUCAACUUAAACUUAGAUCAAUAAAUACAACUCUAAAACACUACAUUUAAUUAAUGAUAUAAUUCAAAAUUUUACGAACUACUUCAACUGAUGUACCUGCAUACAUCCGAGGUUGUUUUCGAUAAAAUGGCCGAGGAGCUCCGAAUGAACAAACUCUCGGCUUGAAAUUGACCUCAGAAAAAAAAGUUCAAAAAAACUGUUACUGGGUAUUAUACGCAGGCAUUUUUUUGCAUCAAAAUCUGAGGGAAAAAAGUGCGUCUAAUACCCAGUCAUUUACGGUACCAACUGGUUUUAAUGCUUUCCUAAUAAAUUCACAAAAACGACCAUAUAAACACUAUAUUAUGGACAUGUCGUUUAGUAAAAAUAAACACACUUGAUCUCUCAAAAACUAUUUCAACACUGCACUAUUUAGAUGUUUUCCGGCAAUUCCACCAACUGCCACCAUUUUGUCACCGAAGCCAAAGCAUAUUGAGUGCUGACGAUUUUGAUUCAUUCGGAACUCCUCGGCCAUUUUUAUCGAAAACAACCUAGGAUGUUUUUGGACGGUUCACAAUGUCAGAAAUUGGUACACUUUAAUUAUGCUGCAACUAGAUCGCAUUGUUAUUUCAAUUUAGCAGUUAAACUUAAUGACUUCAUUCUUGGGAAUCUUAAUUAUUUUAGCAAUAAUACACUUUACUGGCAAUCAAUUCAAACUUAGAUCAACAAAUACAAGCUAAAACACUACAUCUGUUUAAUAAUAUAAUUCAAAAUUUUAUGAACUUAACUUCUACUGAUGCACCGGCAUACAUCCGAGGUUGUUUUCAAUAAAAAUGGCCAAGGGGCUCCAAAUGGAUUUUAUUUGUGCCUUGUUGCAAACCAAUAACCAAUCAAAACAGGCGUAAUAAAAUGAUGUUACGGGUGCAUCGUUAUUUACUUGUUUAUCUCCGGCAAUCAGCUUCAUGAUUCCGUAUCAGAAAAGGCCGCUUUUUGGCAAUGUUAUGUGACGUCAAGUAUCAACGUGGGAUCGACUAACUACUGCCAAGGCAAAUAAUCAGCAAACAUUUUUACAGACAUUUCCCUUUAAGGUACCUUUUCGCUAUUUAAUCUUCUCAAAAUAUGUUGGUCAUUUGGGCCGUCAUUUAUGAUUGAACUGCCUGAUCCGUACAAAUUUGCCAGUCAUGUCUGGCGGACCGGCACAUUUUGGGAAGACUUGACACUUACGAGGCAUAUGAGACCUCAGAUGCCAUGUACCUGCAAGCUUUUGGCCAGCAGCAAGGGUGUCUUCAUCUCGGAGUUCCUGCAUCAAUGUAUUUUACUGUCCAUAGACAAGCCUCAUGUUGUCUGUGAGUCAGGGAAGGACCCACAAUCAAUGGCAUCUACUUCUUCUUUGUCUCAAAUACAAUGCCAAGGCAAGCAUGGCAUACAUUUAAGCUUGGAUUUAAAACCAGUGCAAGGUGAAGGUCUCUAACAUCCAUGAUGUCCCACUAGCAACUGGUAACAAAACAGCAGUUCGGCAUUGUUUUUAUAACCGACUCUCAAAUCAGCAACAUUUCAGCAUUUUAUCACCAACAAUUCAGCAUCUCUUUGGCAUGUUCUGCAACGUUACCUUAACCUUUCCGCAUGAUCAGGAAACAUUCAGUAGCCUAUUCUUGAACUGUCUGCAUUCUUCCCUGUCACAUAUGGCUUCUUCAGAUAGGUUUCGGCAUUCAUACCAUUAAUUUGCCACUCCACAAAAACAGGACAAACUAACUGGAAAAGGUUCCUAAAACUAACAAAAUUGUAUCAGAAACCUUUCAGAAACCAGGCAUCGGGGCUGUAGUGGACGGCAGCUUUUAACCACUGUAACAAUAUUAAUUGACCAUGAGUGCAAUGCUUUUUUCUUUGAAACUUUUUCUUGAUAUUACUGUUGGUAUUAAAAAAAAGUAUUUUGUAUGCAUUGUAAAUGAUUGAAUAUUAUGACAACUUAGAGAUUACAGCUUUUGCUGCUUUAUUACAUGUUUUAAAAUUGUAUAGAUUCUUGAUUAACGUUAUGUUAAUAUGUUAUUAUUUCUACUUGAUAUUUUACUCACACCGGUUUGAAUUUUCAUAAUAAUCAAAAUUCAUAACCAUUCACCGAAAUUAAUCAGAAUUAGUGCCUAUCAGGCAUGUAUUGUUAAUAAAAUUGUUUGACUCAACCAAAAGCAAAUAGACAAUUUUGAGUUUUUUCUUAGAGUAUUCAUAUCAAAAAAUUUGAGUGUCUACCAACUAAUUAUUUCAUGAAUAUUAUAAGUUAUGGGGUUAGUAGGUGACCCGAUAUGGGAUAUACUGGGCAAAGGAAACCGAAUAUAUUUUUCUGCACCCUGUAUCCCAUGUCGGGUCACCUACUAACACCGUUACGUAUAUAUCACGUUGAUAACCUGUUUAAAUGUUAUGAGGUCACCACGCGACCGGUCCUGGACCAAUGGCAUUGCGUCAUUUAUGUUGGAGGCUUGAUAUAAUGUCAUACUGCAUCAGUUAUUUUUUCUCCACCAUCUUUUCAGAAGGGGGUCAGGGCCUUUAUGUGGGGGAAAUUGUGGUGUUUUGAUUCAGUUGGGAAUCCCAUUUUUCCUAGAAAUAGAUGAUGGAAAAGGUUGGUAAAUUCAAUCUGAAACACAAAUUUAAAACAAGAGACAGACUGACACUGAAUCAUGCAUUUGACAAUAAAGCCUUUAGUGUUUUAUACUGUUUGUUAAAUGAACCACCUAGAACCAAACAUUCAUAGGGCCAAUCUUAAAAAAAUUCUUGUUUGGAGUAACCCUACCCAGAUUUUUUAAGGUGGGUAUGUAGGUAGGUUUUUUUUUUUUUUUUUUUUUUUUUU